AUGCUGGUCUGCUUACGCCUCCUGGCCUUCCCAUACCACCACACGACACUACGAAAACGACUUCUUGAUGUUGAAAUGGGAUCAAAGUCUCCUGAGCACGAGAGCCAUACAGGUGGCGAUGUCCCGUUCGUCUCCACCAAGGCCAAUGGUACUGGCGGCGAACCACGGGGAGUCCAUCUGUCCCGGGACGGAGACGGCAGCCUGGGAGACGGCGAGGGCGGUGAUGAUGCCGACGGAGAUGAUAUGGCUCGAGCGGCGGCCGUGUCGCUGAACAUGCAAUCUGCAUCCGCUUCCACCAAGAAGAAGCGGAAGAAGUCUAAGAAGAAGACAUUGUCUGGGAAGCAGUCGUCGCCGCCACGAGUCUCUCUCGACCGAAUCUUCCCCACUGGUCAGUAUCCCAAUGGGGAGAUUCAGACUUAUGAGCCCGUGUUUGAAAAUACGGCUCGCACGACGGGCGAGGAAGUCCGAUAUCUGUCUCAUCGUCGCACCCAUGACGAUGAAUUUCUGAGUAACUACCGCAAAGCAGCAGAAAUCCACCGCCAGGUCCGAAAAUAUACGCAGGAUAGCGCCCGGCCUGGACAGACGCUCACAGAUAUUGCUGUAAAUAUCGAGGAUGGCGUGAGAGCGCUGCUCGAUAAUGCGGGUCUUGAACCUGGAAGUGGACUGGUGUCAGGCAUGGGCUUCCCAACGGGACUCGCGCUGAAUAAUUGCGUGGCGCACUACACGCCCAAUCCUGGACAGAAGGAAAUUAUCUUGCAGUCGAGCGAUGUGAUGAAGGUUGACUUUGGCGUCCAUAUCAAUGGCUGGAUUGUUGAUAGUGCCUUCACCAUGUCGUGGGAUCCAACUUAUGAUAACCUACUUGCUGCAGUGAAGGAUGCGACAAAUACUGGCAUCAAGAAUGCUGGAGUUGAUGUCCGUAUUAGCGAUAUCAGUGCUGCGAUCCAGGAGGCAAUGGAAAGCUAUGAGGUGGAAAUCGGAGGUAAAAGUUUUCCUGUGAAGGCGGUGCAAGGUAUCACUGGGCAUAAUAUCGAACAGUAUCGGAUCCAUGGUGGAAAGUCGAUUCCCUUCGUGAGGAAUAAUGACCAGACCAAGAUGGAAGUGGGAGAGGUUUUUGCCAUUGAGACAUUCGGCUCCACCGGACGUGGCUAUAUCGUGAAUGGACCUGGUGUCUACGGGUAUGGCAAAGACCCCCUUGCACCGAAGAGAAUCUCCUCGCCCCUUGCAACGGCUAGGUCUCUCAACAAGAUGAUCAACGAGAACUUUGGCUCUCUGGUCUUUUGCCGCCGGUAUCUUGAACGUCUUGGCGUUAGCCGAUAUUUGGCGGGCAUGAACAACCUUGCUUCGCAAGGGAUUGUCGAGGUUUACCAGCCUUUGAUGGACAUUGAGGGGUCCUAUUCAGCGCAGUUUGAACAUACUAUCCUCCUAGGAGAAUCAAGCAAAGAAGUUAUCAGUCGCGGCGAUGACUACUGA